AUGGCAACUACUUUCAAAAUCGGCCAACGUAUUGAAGGAAAGAUUGGUACCUACAUCGUCUCGCAACAACUCCACAAAGAUAUCUGGACUGCUACGAAUCCAAAUCUGGGCAGGGUAAUCUUAAAGAGUGCACCUAAGUAUCGCUUGGACAACGAACGCGAUGUCCUCAGGCAUUUUCAUGCCCGGCGAGGAAUUCGCCAGCUCUUGGACGAGACACAAGACCCGCCAUCUCUUGUGCUAAAACACCUUGAUGAAAAUCUCUUGAGUGCAUCAAAUUUCCAAAGUCUUAAGAAAACCGAAAUUAAGUUUAUCGCAAAAAGGGUCCUCGAAGCGCUACAAGCAUCCCAUGAAGAUGGCUAG